AUAUGAGCUUUUUGGCCCUUACUUUAUCAACUCUUAUUUAUAUCUCCCUCUCUUCUCACUUCUCCAAACUCUUAUAAGAUCACUAUUCUUUCUUGCUUUCAACUUGACUACUAGAAAAGAAACAAGAAAAUAUAAUGGAAAUAGAUAGUCAAACACACAUAAGCAAUUGGGAUGGCUAUGUUGAUUGGAGAAAUAGACCAGCAAUCACCAAUCGUCAUGGUGGCUUACUUGCUGCCUCUUUUGUCUUAGGUGUUGAGGUGUUGGAGAAUUUGGCAUUUUUGGCAAAUGCAAGCAACUUGGUACUCUACUUUUCAGAGUACAUGCAUUUCUCACCAACAACAUCAGCAAAUUGUGUGACCAAUUUUAUGGGCACUGCUUUUUUACUGGCACUUCUUGGUGGCUUCUUAUCUGAUGCUUUCUUCACUACUUAUUACAUCUAUCUCAUCAGUUCACUCAUCGAAUUUCUGGGGUUGGUAGUACUCACCAUACAAUCUCGUUCCAGUUCGUUGAAGCCACCAAAAUGCGACCAAGGAGUGCCAGACAUUCCGUGUGAACAAGUUCAUGGGGCACAAGCUGCAAUGUUAUUCAUUGGACUCUACCUAGUGGCAUUAGGUGUAGGAGGUAUAAAGGGGUCACUGCCGCCCCACGGUGCUGAACAGUUUGAUGAAACAACCCCACAAGGAAGGAAGCAAAGAUCUACUUUCUUCAAUUACUUUGUGUUCUGUCUCUCCUUUGGAGGUCUCAUUGCUGUCACAUUUGUGGUCUGGGUGGAAGACAAUAAGGGUUGGCAAUGGGGAUUUGGAAUUGCAACUUUGGCUAUAUUUUUGUCGAUCCCCAUCUUCCUUGCUGGUUCGCCAUUCUAUAGGAACAAGAUACCUCGUGGAAGCCCUCUUACAACAAUCAGCAAGGUACUAAUUGCAGCAUUACUAAAUUCUCGUGCAUCGAGAAACUCAAGUACUGCCAUUGCAAGUAUCGGUUCAAGUCCUACUGCAAUUCAAACCGUCAAGGAAGGUGGUCAAAAUCCAAACAGCAAAAACGUAGAAUCAAUUGACACUCCAUCGAGAAGUCUUGGCUUCCUUAAUCGGGCUGUUUCAGAUGCACCAGCUUGUAGUGCACUAGAAUGCACAGUGCAACAAGUAGAAGAAGUCAAGAUUGUGCUAAAACUUUUCCCAGUUUUUGCCUGCACCAUCAUGCUCAACUGCUGUCUAGCUCAACUUAAUACAUUCUCAGUCCAUCAAGCAGCCACAAUGAACACAAAACUAGGCUCCUUAAAAGUCCCUCCGGCUUCGCUCCCCAUUUUUCCUGUACUGUUCAUCAUGAUCCUAGCACCAGUUUACGAUCACUUCAUCAUCCCAUUCGCUCGUAGACUUACCAAAACAGAAAUGGGCAUCUCUCACCUCCAACGCAUUGGUAUUGGUUUGUUCCUCUCCAUUGUGGCUAUGGCAGUCGCAGCUCUUGUUGAAAUCAAGCGCAAAGGAGUAACUACUGACUCAGGACUCAUCGACUCUGCCAAACCAUUGCCAAUAACUUUCUUUUGGAUCGCUUUUCAGUACUUGUUUCUUGGAUCAGCCGAUCUUUUCGUCUUAGCAGGGCUACUAGAAUUCUGCUUCUCAGAAGCACCAGUGAGUAUGAGAUCAUUGGCAACAUCACUCUCAUGGGCUUCAUUGGCCAUAGGCUACUACCUCAGCUCGGUCAUAGUGUCUAUCGUCAAUAGCGUGACAGGAAUUUCAAAGCACAAACCGUGGCUCUCAGGUAGCAACUUGAAUCACUACCAUUUAGAGAGGUUCUACUGGCUAAUGUGCAUACUAAGUGCAUUAAACUUUAUGCACUACCUAUUCUGGGCUACAAAAUACAAGUAUAGGUCAAGGUCUACCAAGUAAAGGUUGGGAGUAGAGAUGCAUAGAUGAAACUGUUCUAGUUUUAAUAUAUGAUCUUUCUAGAUUUAAUGUAAAUGUGUCUGAUGAAUUGCUGGAUCUUAGAGUCCAUACAGUAGUGCUAAGCCAGCAAAGAGGUCAAAAUAGAACUAGCUUUUGAUCAAUCAUUUCAUAACAUAUCAGCUAAAGAUUAUGAAAAUGCUUCCUGCUCCUUUGCAAC